GUCAAUGAAUGGUCCUUGAAGAUAAGGAAAGAAAUGAGAGUGGUUGAUAGACAGAUCAGAGAUAUCCAGAGGGAAGAGGAGAAGGUGAAGCGGUCAAUAAAGGAUGCUGCCAAAAAGGGUCAGAAGGAUGUGUGUGUGAUCUUGGCGAAGGAACUGAUCCGCUCUCGAAAGGCCGUAAGCAAACUCUAUGCAUCCAAAGCUCACAUGAACUCUGUCCUCAUGGGGAUGAAGAACCAGCUUGCUGUCCUGAGAGUAGCAGGGUCAUUGCAGAAGAGCACAGAAGUCAUGAAAGCUAUGCAAAAUCUAGUAAAAAUCCCUGAAAUCCAAGCAACGAUGAGGGAGUUGUCCAAAGAGAUGAUGAAGGCUGGUAUUAUAGAGGAAAUGCUGGAAGACACCUUUGAAAGCCUGGAGGAUCAGGAGGAAAUGGAAGAGGAAGCAGAGAUGGAAAUUGACAAAAUCCUCUUUGAAAUUACCGCUGGGGCCUUGGGUAAAGCACCCAGUAAAGUCACAGAUGCUCUUCCGGAGCCCGAGCCCAUGGGAGCGGCCGCUGCUGUUGAUGAGGAGGAAGACAUUGAAGCGAUGCAGUCGCGAUUAGCGACCCUCCGUAGCUAAGGAUGAAACGGAUCUGUACAGUUUGCCUUUUCUUCUUUUUUUGUCCUACUUUCAGAAUGCAAAACUUAUUAUGUGAGAAUGUUUUAUGUAAUAUAUAUUAUUUUUUUUCUUCCUGGGGAAUGUAUUCUCCAAGAAACUACUAUAAUAUACUACUUCUUGGGGAGUGGUGUCUAUAGAUCUUACCCUUUCUGUUCAUCCU